GUUCAACACAUAACUAUCCUGACGUCUUGGUGAAAUUUUCUUCGAGAAGGAAUAUUGUGGUGAAACCUGCUGUAUUUGGCAAUAUAUCGAGACGUCUGUCCACAUUGCAAACGGAAUUCAUUGAAGACAACAUGGCACCACAUCAACGCUCAGACAGAGGUAGUUUCCGCGACAGGAAGUCCGAUGGGGGAAGCGGCGGACGCGGCGGUGGCGGCGGCAAUCGUCGCGAUCGCGACGGUCACGUGGCCAAGCCGUCCGGAAAGUUCACAAUCGGCAGCAUGAGAGCGCCCACGUGGGACAUGUCUAGUCUGCGCCCCUUCAAACGCGAUUUCUACGAGCCCCACCCCAUUACCAUGAAGCGCAGCCAUGUAGAGGUGGAACGCUAUCGUGGCGAACACGAGAUCACGUGCGAAGGCCCAGCGCCGAAUCCCAUUCAGAGCUUCGGCGAGGUGAAGUUCCCGGACUACGUGAUGAAUGGCAUCCGGAGGCAAGGCUAUGAGGCGCCAACACCCAUUCAAGCGCAAGGCUGGCCUAUUGCACUCAGCGGUACCAACAUGGUGGGCAUCGCACAAACGGGCAGCGGCAAGACGUUGGGUUUCAUCCUCCCGGCAAUUGUGCACAUCAACAACCAGCCGUCGCUAGCGCGUGGCGAUGGUCCCAUUGCGCUUGUGUUGGCACCCACGCGUGAGCUGGCCCAGCAAAUCCAGCAAGUGGCUACGGAGUUCGGCUCGGCAUCUUAUGUACGCAACACAUGCGUUUUCGGCGGCGCGCCACGUUUCAGCCAGGCCAGAGACCUGCAGCGCGGCUGUGAGAUUGUCAUCGCUACGCCAGGACGUCUAAUUGACUUCCUUGAGUCCGGCAAAACGAAUCUGCGCCGGUGCACGUAUCUUGUGCUGGACGAGGCCGAUCGCAUGCUGGACAUGGGCUUCGAGCCACAAAUCCGGCAGAUUGUCUCACAAAUCCGACCCGACCGGCAGGUACUGAUGUGGAGUGCAACGUGGCCGAAGGAGGUGCGUCGCUUGGCGGGUGACUUCCUCGGUAAGGACUACAUUCAAGUGAAUAUUGGCAGUCUGGAGUUGUCGGCUAAUCACAACAUCCACCAAAUCAUCGAAAUCUGCGAGGAGUUCGAGAAGGAGGACAAACUGAAGCAGAUCCUGGAGCAGAUUCAUCAGAAUCGCAGCCCCGGCAAGACCAUAAUCUUCGUGGAGACGAAGCGCAAGGUGGAGCACAUCACGCGCGUUCUGCGCUGCUUCGGCCUGAAUGUCUUCUGCAUUCAUGGUGAUAAGUCACAGAAUGAGCGCGACUAUGUACUGCGUGAGUUCCGCAAGGGUGACUGUCCCAUACUAGUGGCGACGGACGUGGCGGCACGCGGUUUGGACGUGGAAGGAAUCAACUUUGUCAUCAACUUCGACUAUCCGCAAAAUUCCGAGGACUACAUUCAUCGUAUCGGCAGGACCGGCAGAAGUCAGGCCACGGGCACGUCCUUUGCGCUUUUUACCAAGCAGAACUCCAAGCAGGCGAGGGAUCUAAUUGCGGUACUCCAAGAGGCUAAUCAGGAAGUGAGCCCGAAGUUGCAGGAAAUGGCUCGCUAUGGCGGCGGCGGUGGUGGUGAUAACCGGCGCUGGGGUGGAAGGUCUGGCGGUGGCGGCGGAGGCUUUCGCCGUGGUCCAUCCAAUUACGGAUCCGGUUCCGGAGGCUUCGGCGGCAGAAGGCGCGAUGAUGGACAGCAGCGCUAUGGCGGCGGCGGAAUGCGUUCCGGCGGUAGCGGUGGUGGUUAUGGUGGUGGCGGCGGUGGCGGCGCCAUGACAAACGGCUACUCGCAGUCUGGCAGAAGUCAUCGCUUCGAUUAAGAAACCACGCACUUAGUUUGAAUUGAUUUAGUGUUUAGUUUCUCAUUCUCUCUCAAUUUAUUAUUAAUGUGCUAUUAUAAUUUUUUUCUCUAAAUGCAUUAUUGAAAAUUCAUGUCACGAACUCUGGUGUGGAAAAGGGAGGGGAAAAGAGAAUUUCCCACUGCUAAGAGAUAAAUUAUGUGAAAUUUAGAGAUAUAAAUUUGUGUGCGUGUGAAAUAAUAGAAAAAGUGCGUGUGUGAUUGUUUAAUUUAAAAAGAAAAACUACAGAA